GUGCAGUCUGUGCUCAGUUCUAGGGCUCUACAGGCCGCGGGCACGAUGCUUUGGGUCCUGGUGGGGGCUGUCCUCCCCGCCAUGCUGCUGGCCGCCCCCCCGCCCAUCAACAAGCUGGCCCUGUUCCCAGACAAGAGCGCCUGGUGCGAGGCAAAGAACAUCACCCAGAUCGUGGGCCACAGCGGCUGUGAGGCCAAGUCCAUCCAGAACAGGGCGUGCCUGGGACAGUGCUUCAGCUACAGCGUCCCCAACACCUUCCCGCAGUCUACAGAGUCCCUGGUGCACUGUGACUCGUGCAUGCCAGCCCAGUCCAUGUGGGAGAUCGUGACCUUGGAGUGCCCUGGCCACGAGGAGGUGCCCCGGGUGGACAAGCUGGUGGAGAAGAUCUUGCACUGCAGCUGCCAGGCGUGCGGCAAGGAGCCCAGUCACGAGGGGCUGAGCGUCUACGUGCAGGGCGAGGACGCGCCGGGCCCCCAGCCUGGCGCCCACUCCCACCUCCACCCUCACCCCCACCCCGGCAGGCAGACCCCUGAGCCCGAGGACCCCCCCGGGGCCCCCCAUGCCGAGGAAGAGGGGGCUGAGGACUGAGGCCCCGGCUCAUCCUCCCCUCUCAUCCUCUGUGGCAUGUGGGGUCUCGCCCGCCGGGGGGGGAGUGGGGGAGAGGCUGAAGCCCCCCUCUGGCACUGGAUGGACUUGGAUUCAGACUUGGACUUGGAAUGCUUUCCGGUUGCCAUGGAGAUCUGAAGGGAGGGGCUGGAGCGAGCUGCACAAUUUAAUAUAUUCAGGGGGGGAGGAA